AUGUUAUGUGAAAAAAGAAAAAUAUCGACGAUCGGUUCAUCAACACUUAUUGUUGUUCUUAUUGGUAUGUUAAUAUUUAUAGUAAACUUUGCUGUAAUUUUCAAACAGAGAAAAUAUUUGCCUUAUAUGAACAGUAUUCAAUCAAAUUUUAAAAUCAGUAUUAAUGAAAAAAAUGAUUUAUCAAAUAGUUAUAAGUCAUCUCGAAUUUCUGCACUAUCAUCUCAGACUGAUCUACGAUCUUUAGUAACAACCGUCGAAUGUAUCGGUCCACUAUAUAAUCAAUCGUGUCUCUACAAAAAUCUUUAUUAUACAAAUCGUGGAUUUUGGGCUUUAUCAUUGAAAGAAAAUAAUUUAUCAUUACCAGGUGUUCGUCUUGAAGCAUUAGCCAUAACAGAUUUUCGACCAAAUCAUCGUGUAUUUGACACAUAUGACGAACUACGUAAAUUUGUUCGUUUUACUAUUGAUCCAAUGGUUAUUUCAGGAUUGACACUCCAUUUCAAUCAACGUUGGCACAAAAAUAUUGGUCAUGCACUUUUUGAUGGACUCUAUCCAGCUUAUGUUGCACUUAUUCGUUUUACUCCCAAACAUCUUCAACCGUUUCGUGUGCUUGUUGGCUUAGAUAAUGUUAAUUGUGGUAGUUGUUUUAGUGAAGAUGUAUACAGUCGGUUUGCUGGAGGUGGAUUAAUCAAAACGAAUAUUAUAGAUUCGAUUAUGCCCAAUAGAUGGUUCGUUUUUGAAGAACUAGUAAUGGGUAGUGGUAUGAUGUGUCAACGAUGCAUUCAAUCAAAUUAUCAAUUAGCAGGAGGUAUAGAACUUAAUGGAUCUCAACUCUUUCGAGAUCGAAUGUAUAGACAACAUGGAAUCAUUCCAGUCGAUGUUCGACGAAAGCAUUCAGCAGAAAAUCGGAAUAUAGCUAGACCUUUACAUGCUUAUAUUAUUGAUAAUAAACGUUUUACAAUAGAAGAACGAGAAGAAAUUCGAACAGCAAUGAAUGAAAUCAAUAAUUAUACUGAUGAACAUAUCAAUAAAAGUAUAGACGAUAUUAAAAAAUUACCAUAUCCACUUAUUCGGGUCUUUUAUAUUAAUUAUCGUUAUAUAGAAGCAAAACCUAAUGUUUCCUUUAAUCUUAAAUCAACGCCAAUUGAUUCUAGAUCAGCAACAUACGAAUUAAUAGACAACAAUUUUAUUGCUCAAUUGAGAAUUUUGCGUGAUAUGGAUAUUCAUGUUACAGGACCUGGUACAGGUCAAAUGUAUCAAACAUUUCUCUCUGAUGGUUCAAUAAAUAUUAAUCUUGGAGGUUUAAAUCCAUAUAAAAAAGAAACUACUCCUAUCGCUUAUCCAUCAUUUCUCGAACAAUAUGUAACAGCAGGUACUCCGUAUAUCAAAGGUCUAUAUUAUCCAAUUAAUAAAAGACGAAAUGGAAUUAAAAAAAUCGAAUUAGUCAAACUGAUAAAGCAAGCAGCACAACUUAUCAUGCAAGGAUUUUCAAUACCAGUAAAUCCAACAGAUAAUCUUGCACCUGACGGACAAGUAUUUGUAGAACAAUGCAAAUAUGAUAAAGACUUUUGUAGGUUAGUUACUAUAAGAAAAAGUGGCUAUUUCUGGUGCAAUAAUAUGUGGACCGAAGAUUUGGUACAUGAACGCAGACAAUGGGCACAAGGAGGAUUUAUUACAGGUGGCACAAAUGUUAAUUGUCCAUUUAAUCGUACAUUAUUGCGUAGUUUGAGACAAAAAUAUGGUAUCGAAUAUCGUCCUGGUCGAGAGUAA